AUGUCACAAUCUUCAGAACCCUCGGGUGUAAAAAGUGAGGCUCCAAAAGAGAAGGACUAUCGUACCCCCGGAUUAAGAGGAGUGAAAACUACGACUCUCUUUCGAGCUGUGAAUCCGGAGCUUUUCAUCAAACCUGUAAGAAGAAAAAAAAACCUUAUUCAUUUUAACCCUUUAGAAAACAGAUUGUGAGAACUGUAAAAUGCUAAAUUUUGUUCUUAAAGACUAUAUUCCGGCAUGGAAUGUCCUGGCCAUUUUUUGCCUGCUACAAUCAGCCCAGCAGAUCAGGACCGGAUUAACAUAGGGACUGAUGGAUCUUAAGCUCCAGGCCCAUGCCUCUGGAAUAGACCGAUUGACUUAAAAACAAAUAUAUAUAAAUAUUUUUUUAACUACUCUUCACAUGUUCUGCUUAACCUCUUAAGGACACAUGACAUGUGUGACAUGUCAUGAUUCCCUUUUAUUCCAGAAGUUUGGUCCUUAAUGGGUUAAAGGGACACUCCAGGCACCCAGACCACUUCUGCCCAUUGGUGUGGUCUGGGUGCCAACUCCCACUACCCUUAACCCUCCAAGUGUAAUAAUUACAGUUUUUUUAUAAACUGCAAUAAUUACCCUGCAGCGUUAACUCCUCCUCUAGUGGCCCUCUACUAAACAGCCACUAGAGGGCACUCCCUGCUUCAUAGCACAGAAAACCUGUGCUAUAGAGUCGCUGGACGUCCUCACGCUGUGUGAGGACCUCCAGCAUCUCUCAAUUCCCCAUAGGAAAGCAUUGAAAAGCAUUUUCAAUGCUUUUCUAUGGAGAGCUCUAUUGCGUAUGCGCGACAUUGCUGCGCAUACGCAAUAGGUCUCCUCAGCCGUCGGGCGGGAUCAGUCUCCCCCACCGGCCGACGUAAUGAAGAGGAGGAGCAGCGGUGACCCAAAACCACCGCCAAGGGACAUCAGUGGGGGUCUCAGGUAAGUGACUGAAGGGGUUUUCACCCCUUCAGCAGCCGGGGAUGGGGGGUGGGAGGGAGAGGGGACCUGCAGUGCCAGGAAAACAGAUUGUUUUCCUGGCACUGGAGAGUCCCUUUAAGUAUGGAAACUCAAGAGGGAUGUAGGGAAACAAAACUGGUGUGGACUGGCUGACAAAAAAAUUAGUUAAAGGACCACUAUAGUGCCAGGAAAACAAACUAGUUUUCCUGGCACUAUGUAGUCCUUAGGUCCCCCCACCCUCAUGGCCCCCCUCCCGCUGGACUGAAAGGGUUAAAACCCCUUCAGCCACUUACCUUUCUCCAGCGCCGGGCUCCCUCAGCGCUGAUGACCUCUCCUCUCCCUCCGACGUUGGCUCCCGAGCCCAAUGCGCAUGCGCAGCCAGAGCCGUGCGUGCUUUAAAAAAGCCCAUAGGAAAGCAUUACUCAGUGCUUUCCUAUGGACAUCAGCAUCUUCAAUCGCAGAAGUGGCCUCUAAUGGCUGUCAGUAAGACAGCCACUAGAGGCUGGAUUAACCCUGCAGUGUAAAUAUAUAUCCGAAACUGCUAUGUUUUCAGUUGCAGGGUUAAAACGGGAGGGACCUGGGUGCCUAUAGUGGUCCUUUAAGGUAAAGCUGACUUUGCCCACUAUGCAAAUGCUUUGCUGCUUCAGUCUCUCUAACACUGUGGUAUGUUCUAUUUUUUUCUACACUGCGUAAAUACACGUUUUCUCUGUCCCAGAAUGUAUAACAGGAGCUUCUGCGUGCUAGUAAGAUGGUUAGGAGAGGAGUGGACCAGCGAGUGCUAGAGGACACACCUUAGAAAGCUUAGAGCUAGCGCAUUAUUAGACGCAUUUAUGCCUAGCUCAGGGUGCUGUCUGUAUAGUAUGCCCUUGGUUGGUCAUCCUGCAUGAUUGGCAGGAAGCCUAAUGUGCAUUCACGCCAGGCUAACCAUCUAAUUAUUUGUACAGACCUGCCCCCUUUUUAGGCAUGUUUGUCCAAAUAUGAAAGCGAGUGAUUAGCAUAGGGUAUGCGUUUUCUGAUAGCAAUGUCCUGUGAGUUUCCCUCCAGCACCACCUCCAGCAGACACAUAAUGCUUGGGAGGUAUAACUGUUUUAGUGUUUUCUGUCGAUAUUUUGUAAUUAGGCGCAUCAUAGCUGUAAGCACCAGGCCCAAUGGGCUCUUAAUGCGGCCAUGCUGCUCAUAUAAAUGAUAGGGGCAUUCCAUUAUUGGUACAGGAUCCUAAAAGGAAUGCUAUAGAAUUAGGAAUACAAAUUUGUAUUCAUAACGCUGUGGUGUUCAAUGCACUUAAAAAAAACUCCUUCUUGACUCCAGAAUGGCAGUUAGAUAUCUUAUUGGAUCCCACUAAUUAAAUAUUAUAUCUGUUUAUUAAGUAUUUAUACAAUCCAAUUGCUGUUUAAAUAUCUGUAUAGACUCUUAUAAACCCACCUCUUCAGGCAGAGAACUCCACAUUCUUAUUGUUCUUACUGUAAAAAAAAAAACCCUUUCCUUUGUUUUAGACUGGGUCUCCUUUCUUCCAGUUUAAAUCGAUGACCUUGUGUCCUAUGUAUUUAUUUUAAGCACUUAUACUGAUAUUUGUUUAAACAAGCAAAUUAAAUUAAAGGUAUUAGUGGGAAAAUAAAUAUUUUCCUUUAAUUACUUAGUUCUCACUGACAGCUCAAUUAUUGUGAACUUGGUGUAAAGCUAGAAAAACAAACCUACCGUAUAUACUCGAGUAUAAGCCGAGUUUUUCAGCACAUUUUUUGUGCUGAAAAACCCCAACUCGGCUUAUACUCGAGUCACUGUCUGUAUUAUGGCAAUUUACAUUGCCAUAAUACAGACUGGGGGCUGGCAGAGCUGUUACUUACCUCUCCUGCAGCUCCUGUCAGCUCUCUCCUCCUCCGCGCCGGUCCGUGCAGCACCUCGGUCAGCUCCCAGUGUAAGUCUCGCGAGAGCCGCGGGGUCAUAGUGCGGCUCUCGCGAGACUUACAGUGUGAGCUGACAGAAGAGCUGCACGGACCGGCGCGGAGGAGGAGAGAGCUGACAGGAGCUGCAGGAGAGGUAAGUAACAGCUCUGCCAGUCCCCUUCCUCCCCCCACUGAACUGCCAAUGCCACUGGACCACCAGGGAAGGAGAGCCCCCCUCCCUGCCAUGUAUCAAGCAGGGAGGGGGGACAACAAAUAUAUAAAUAUAAUAAUAAUAUAUUAAUAAUAAUAAAAAUAAUAAAAAAUAAUAUAACAAAAUAAUAAUAUAUACAUAUAAAUAAUAUAAAUAAUAAAAAAAUAAUAUAACAAAAUAAUUUUAAAAAAUAUAUAAAUAAUAAAAAUAAUAAUAAAAAAAUAAUAUAACAAAAUAAUUUUAAAAAAUAUAUAAAUAAUAAAAAUAAUAAUAAAAAAAUAAUAUAACAAUUUUUUUUUAAAUAACAUCAAUUAAUAAUAUAUAAAUAUAAAUAAUAAUAAAAAAUAAUAUAACCAAAAAUUUUUAUUUUUUUUAUAAAAAUGCCCACUCCCCACCAAAGCUCUGCAACACAAACACACACUGCAUCACACACACACACAGCCCUCAUACACACAUACACUGCACUCAUAUACACACUGCAUUUAUACACACUGCAUUUAUACACACACUGCGCACUCAUACACACACACUGCAUUCAUCAUAUACACACACUGUAAAUAAAUAUUCAAUUAAUAUAAUUUUUUUAGAAUCUAAUUUUAUUUAGAAAUUUACCAGUAGCUGCUGCAUUUCCCACCCUAGUCUUAUACUUGAGUCAAUAAGUUUUCCCAGUUUUUUUGGGUAAAAUUAGGGGCCUCGGCUUAUAUUCGGGUCGGCUUAUACUCGAGUAUAUACGGUAGAUUGUCAGAUAUUUUAAAAUAAAAUGAUUGCCUCAUGCUUGGUUGCAAUCCAGCCACAUGGACGUUCCAUGCAUGUUUGCACCUCACCUGGCAUAUUCUGUAAUCUAUCACAUAAUUAUUAAGCAGAUUAUGGGUGACGCCAAGUAAGCUGUACAAGAAAAAUGUGCUAAUAAACUGCAAUGUAAUACAAUACAAAAAUACCCGCUUUUAAAAUGGACACUUCAUCUCAAUCAGGGGAGGUCUGGCAGCCUUAUACCUGGGGGGCAACUGCCUCCCUGCCCCCCGCACCCUGCCUCUGGCCAGGGAGUGGGGAAGGUCACAUUCCCUGGUGGUCUGGUGGCAUGUUGCGUGCCCCCAGCUACCUGUACACCUCAGAGGGGCACAGCACAGUCCAUCCUCACUUCCCAGCUGCUCUGCUCUAAGUCUCGUGCAGAGUGUUGCCAUGGUAACCCAUGGAAAGACUCUGACGACCGCGGUGCUCAAAAGACUUAGUCUCGCAGUCUACACAGACUUAGUCUCGUGAGCGCCGCGGUCGUCAGAGCAUUGCCACAGGUUACGAUGGCAACGCUCUGCGCGGCUCACAAGACUUAUAGCCGAGCAGCUGGGAACUGAGGAUGGACUGUUCUGGGCCCCCCUGCAGUAUACAGGUAGCCGGGGGCCCAAAGAUGCACAUAUGUGUGUGUGUGUGAGUGUGCAUGUGGGGCCCAGGAGUCCCUGAGUAGUCCCGGACCCCGUCCCACCCCACCCCUGAUCUCAAUACCCCUGUCAUUUUAGCCUUGCAAUAAAAAAAAACAAAUACUGUAGUGCUGUAAGAACACUUGCAUUCUACUUGCUAGGCCAUCAUGGUUCACUUGAUGAACUAUUUGCUGGAUGAAAACCCAUUAUAUAUGUAACAGCAUUUUUAAAUUUUCACAUUGGGUUUUGUAUUUUUUUUUUUCUUUCUUGUAACAGAAUAAACCAGUUAUGGCGUUUGGACUUCUAACAAUUACACUGUGCGUUGCUUAUAUUGGUUACUUACAUGCAACAGAAGAAAAUAAAAAAGAAGUUUAUGAAGCUAUUGACAGUGAAGGAACACGGUACACAAGAAGGAGAACUUCCAAAUGGGAUUAA